CAUUGCGCACGUGUGUGGCGCUAUGCGCGUACGACUUCAUUGUCAUUGUUCACCUUUGUUUUCCUUUCGAUAACCCCUAUUAAUAAGCACGUCAUGAUCUGUCCAAGUCAGUCAAGUGUUCAUCGGUAAUAGUGGUAUACGGGCUCGUUAUCUUUCGUUGCAGAAAGUAUUCAACUUACGCGUUCGUGGAACAAUAGCUCGGGAAAUACCGUUAAACUCGGAAGAAUCGAAUCGAACUAAUGAGGCAUAUGUAUUCUUUCCACGUAGGUUUUCGUGAGAAUUCUUCAACAUUCACACGUACGUUGUCGCGUUUAUUCUUCAAAUCAGUAAUGAUCUCUGGAGGAACAGUUUGAGUUCUCGCUGUGAAAUUAACUCGAAGCAACGAGCAGCUCCUUUGAAGAAUCAAGACUCCAAAGAAACGUAUCUCGAUCAUGUGGAAACCCUUUGAGGCUGGCAGUUCGCCAGUGGAUUGGUGCGAAGGCAACUAUAGCAUCUCACCCAGUAUCGCCGAAUUUAUGAACACAUUCAGCAAUUUGGUCUUUUUGUUACUUCCACCUAUGCUCAUGCAUCUGUUCAGAGACUAUGGACGUUUUGUAAAUCCUGGAAUUCACGUGAUCUGGUUCUUAUUGAUGAUAGUGGGACUCAGCAGUGCAUAUUUUCACGCUACUUUGUCUUUGAUAGGCCAAUUAUUAGAUGAAUUAGCCAUUCUGUGGGUAUACAUGGCGGGCUUCUGCAUGUUCUUUCCGAGAAGAUAUUUCCCAAAUAUCUUUCACAACAACAGGAAGCUUCUUUCUAUAUGUGCAACAUUACCGACUCUGAUCGCCACCGGCUUGUCUUUGAUACAUCCGGCUGUAAAUGCUUUCGCAUUGAUGAGCUUGGGUAUACCAGCAUUCGCAUUUCUGAUCAUAGAACUGAAGAGAACCACCUCGAUGAGAGUGUACAGACUGGGGCUACGAUGCGGCGCCGUAUGGAUACUGGCAGUCGCUUGUUGGUUAAACGACCGCCUAUUCUGUGACACAUGGCUGAAUUUGAAUUUCCCAUACCUCCAUGCGUUGUGGCAUCUGUUCAUCUUCAUCGCAAGUUACACCGCAGCGGUGCUGUUCGCGUAUUUCGCCGUGCAAGAUGAGAAGCCGCAGCAAUCGCCGGUACUCAGAUACUGGCCUAGGGACGACUUCGAACUCGGUAUACCAUACGUAACUAUUCGAAGUUAUACAAAGAUAAGCUACAACUCAAACAUAUAGCUAUUCUCACUGUCAAUUCGUGAUAAUUAAGACUAACGUAUUAUUUAUCAAUUGAUAUUCGAAUUUCACCAAGUAUACAAGUUAAACGCGCAAAUGUGUGGUCUCGCGACUCGGAUAAAUAUUAAUUUAUUCGUCGAAGUAUAUUUUAUCUCAUUUUGGAAGAUUUAUAUGGAUAUGGAAAGUUUCAAUUUUAUAUCGCAAGCAAAAACAUAUAUACAAGAAGUUGGUACACAAGUGACACCGAAUACUUCAGAUUUAGCGAUAAUUUUACAAAUCGUUCAAUUUGUAACCCGUCACUUGGAACAUUCGAGUAUAGAGAAUUCCACCUUACAAUACUGUGGAAACGCUUCUUAUAUGUAUAUACACGAAUGAACACACGAUUGGCAAUGUCAAUAACUAACAAGCAAUUUAUUUUCAACAGUCAGUCUCAAGGUCUCUAGCCUAAUGAAUAUUUUUAUCUUAGUUUUUUUACAGUGAUAUUAGAUAAUAAAGUCUUUUUUAUAGAAAAUCUCUAAAACAGAUCUUGUAAAGAAAGUACACAGCUCAAUGCGAUGACGAUUUUUGUUUUAUAUUAUAAACGAUAUAAUUAGUUCUGUAUAUAAUUGAAAAUGACGUACGUACGAAUGAAACAACCACGUAUGCGAAUAAAGAUUUAGAAAAUCGGGAAUGAUUACAUAUGUAUAUUAAGCAAAUUAGAGAUGAUUUAUGGAUUAUGAUUAUAUAUUGUGAUACGUAUUCUUGUUAACUUUUUUUACAAAGAACUAUUUUGUAAAUGUGUUCCAAUGCAAAUUGUUAUGAAAAGUCGCAACGUGCACGAGCGCAAUUUUAUAUUUUAAGUAUGGGUAACGCGUAAAAACGUAGGUGUACUCAACUGAAUGGGGUACUCGGGUACUCGAGAACUCGGGAUUCCAAUAGUUACCUUACAUCUGAGAUCUUAUAUGUAUGUGCAAUAUAAAAGAAAUUACGAAUAAAUAAUUUUUAAUUUA